GUUUUGGUUUGUUUUUAGCAGCAGCGCCUAAGUUGGUCAGUUGGGUCGGGGGGGCGUAGUGCGAAAGUUCGUUGAUCGCACCUUUUGUGGCCGUGCAUCUGGGUGACAAUGAUAAAAGGUUCGCGUGACAGUAGAGCCCGGGAAAACUUCAGUCGCGACUAGUGUAUUUGCGGAGUAACUUCUACAUCCCAAGCUGGGACGUCCCGUUCGCGUCAGCUACCAUACCAGCAUGGAGCGAGCGUCGGAACACGAUCAAGAUUUUUCCCCUCGGAAGGACGUUCCGAAUAUACAAACACGGGACAAACCAAGCGCCAGUUUUGUGUCCAUCGACGUUGACAUGGAAUCUGACGUCGACAUUAGACCCCUUGUCACAUUCCGCGAGAAACUGUCAGCCCUGUUGCAUUCUACCAAGUUUCAGAUUGCCAUCGUGGCUUUGGUGGUUCUCGACUGCCUUCUAGUCAUCACUGAGCUGCUUGUGGAACUGGAGAUCCUGAAGCUGCAUGAACACAGCUACAUCGCGCCAAAGAUCAUCCAUUCGCUGAGCAUCUUCAUCCUGAGCUUGUUCUUGGUGGAAAUUGCUGCCAAGCUAUAUGCCUACCGACUCAGCUUCUUCCGACACAAGAUGGAGAUGUUUGACGCUGCAAUUGUCAUCAUCUCCUUCGGCCUGGACGUCGCAUUCAGGGACCCUGAAUCGGCUGCCAACGGUUCAGGACUCAUCAUUGUCCUGCGACUCUGGCGAGUGGCACGCCUCUUAAAUGGCAUUGUACUCACAGUGAAGACACAAGCGGAACGGCAACUGAUGCGCGAGUGCAAGUUGCGCGAGAAGCUCAUGCAGGACCUGCUCAAAAACCGCGACUACUGCAAUGCCUUGGAGCAGGAGAUAUCGUCCCUCAGAGAACUCCUGCACAGCCGCGGCAUCACCGAGCUUCCACCAACGGUGGUCGUCCAGGAGCCACCCUUGGGUGGGGAAGAGAACCAAGAAUCUGGCGUGCAGGAUUGAAGUUCCUUCGAAUGGUUGCUUGCAGCUCUACGCUUCUGGUGAGGAAGCCGCACGUGCACGCCCAAAUCUGCCCGAGUGGUGCUACAGAUGCGGCAAUGCAAUGUUUGUAGACAUCUCUCGCCGGGAUUGGUGUGAGAAAUGUUGGAGAGCAUUAUUUAUUGCCCUUUUUUCUUGGAUACGUGCAGCGCUUUGAACAUACUGUACCUAUUUCUGUGAGGCAGGGGAAUUGCGACAGGCGAACAUGCUUGUAUCGUGUGCAUACGUGCAUUGACAUCCAGAGCCAUACAAGCAGCGUUGUGUGUACACACGACCUGUGGGUUUACCCUAUGCACUCUUUAUGUACUAUUCUUGCGUAGCUACAGGUCAAUAUCGAACGAAAAUGGUGCAAUUGAUCGGUAACAUACACGGUGCUUUGCAAGAACAAGGUUGCAAUACCUCGCAGCAGUGCAACACGUGCAUUGCUAUGUCCAAGGUAUGAGUGGCACGCUAAUAUUCUCAAGGGCAUUGAGGGUGUUCAAUGACCGAGUUUAAUGCAACAUGUUGCUUCACGAAUUUAGUCCGGUCAUAACAUGCUGGUACUACACUGUAUGCGCUUUUAUUCAAUUACUUUCAGUACCUACAUUUAGCACUAGAGCAGUAAUGUAUUGUAAAUGGGCAGUCUGUGUUACUUAACGGUGAUGGAAUGAAGUGAAAUCUGUGUGAAGUGCCAAACCACAAGCAAUGUGGCAGCUUGGAAGUGGAGCAGUCAGUAUUCUUCUUUUUCUUUUUUUCGAAUGUGUUUUUGCACGGAACACGAUAUAGUAUCUCAACUAAAAUAUGACAUGAAUCUAUGGGAGGUAACCUUUUUAUUAACCACAGUAAAGUGCAAUGUUACGUUUAGGCUGAUCAUCUUCCUGCAAUAUUGGACGAGGAAAACUUUGCCUCAAAGUAUUUUUCUACUCUGGUGACAUUACCGGACAUUUUCUACCUAGUCAACUGCCAAGAUCUUCACACAGCCUUGCGGCCCUAAGCUGCCGUCAAUGGACAUUUAACACAGGGCACAUAAAAAAAAGCACGAAAUGUUCUAGGCAUAAAAAAGCCUCUGUGAAAUUCCACAAGCAGGCUUUCCGACAUUCCUCGAGAGAUAUGACCGAAGUUGUGCUUCAACCAGGAGUGAGGUGUAGGCAUGCAAGCUGGUUCCGCUCUACAUUCCUCACUCCUAGCACGAAGCCGUCAGUUUUUACUGUAGAAGCAGAUGCAUGUGAAGAAAUCCACAAGGAAUUUAGCACAAGGUUGCCAUCUCUGUAAAUACACAGGGUGCACCUCACGUCGCGGCAAGUGGCUCAUGGUGUAAACAAAAAGAGCAGACGCACAUUCUGACCCUGCGCUUCUUUACUGAGCCCCCCCACUAUUUUGAAUGAUAAUCUCCAGUGGACAGCUCGUGCCCAAGUGAUCAUGCAAAGCUCACAGAAGUUUGUUGUAACUGCGUUACUUAUGACACCAGGUCAAGUUGCAAAUGACUUGCAAAUGGGAUAGCCAUCCUUUGCCUGCACUCAAGCUGACUGCGGUGCCGCUACAUAUUUGCGGAAUCACACUUUGCUGCCUGUCUGUAGAAAAGGAAACGGCACUUCCAUACAACUGGACAUGCCUCUUGAUUCAAUUGAUGUUGUCUACGCAUCAAUUCCUGCUAGUCCAGUGAAAAUGAGUUUGGGGUUUUUCCAAACUAGGUGUCAGGACUGUGGCUAAGCUUGCAUAAUGCUUGUGAAACUGUGGAGAUGUUUUUUGUAGUUCUGUAUUGUCGUUAUGAACAUUUAAUGUUUGUCUGUUAAUUGUUCUGUGCAUGAAGAAUUUCUUUGUAUCUCGAGAGCUAAAAGUAUCCUUGGAGUGAAUCUUGAGCACUUUUGGUGCAGUAUCUUGGUGACGUGCUCACAAAAGAGGAUACACAACUGGUCACAAACUAAGUUUUUUUUUUUUUUUUUUCUAUCUUACCUCCUUUAUCAAAGGAAGGCAACGUACAAUGUACAUUAUUAAUGCCCAGUCCAGCCAUGUUUCUCACAAGAGAGCUUUGAUUGUAAGAAUGUUGUGAUAAAUAUACCAUAUAUAUUUUUUAUGGUUGUUAUUUACUGUAGAAGUGUGUUUGUGUGUGUAGUAGUUCACUUGUGCCUUGAGAAAUGUUUGGAAUUAACACACAGGGCAGAAACAGUAUGCAAUACUCAGCUGUGGUUAUAUGUACAGUGAUGUAUUUACUUGUGAUUAUCUCUCAUAUCUUUACUGCUUGUAUUUUAUGUUGUCACAAUGUACAUGUUGUUUCGA